AGCGUCGGGCAUUGUGAACGUUGACCCGACUGAAAGUUGAGGAGAGGGUCAGCGCUCCUCCUCCUCCGCGCACGUCUGAACGCGGCGACUCGCGUUAUCGAAGGCGACACGGUGCAGCGUGAGGGGGCCGGUGAGUGGAGAGGGAGAGGAAAGCAGGCAGGACACCAGCGAGAAAAAGAGAGAGAGCAGGGGCCGGCUAAGCUGCGGGCCGGGGAAUCACACAGAAUCCUCUGGGGGGGGGGGCAGAAAGGUGCCUGCAGCCUCGGCUGGAAUGCCUCCUCCCUCGCCAUUUGGCCGCCGCCAGCAGCGCCUGUGGUGUUGAGCCUCGCCGAGCUGGGCUCAUGCGCAUUGCCGGCGAUGCUCGCGCGCUGCCCUCUCUGGCGCCACUUCUGCUCCUCCUCUCGCUGCUGCUGUUGCUGUUUCUCUCUCUCUCUCUCUCCUCCUCGCCUGUGUGAGGGACUCCCUGAACUAGAAGCUGCUCGCUCUGGGGCUGCCUCUUUCUCCCUCUGCGCCUCCCUUGCCACCGGGAAGCCUUUUUUGUGUUUGUUCUUUGCGACGUAUUGCUUCCCCCCCCCUUCCUCCAUUGCGCUUUCCCACGCGCACCACCUCCCUGUCUGCGCUCCCCAUUCUUCUCUUCUCUUCUAAGCCAAGCUGAGGAGAAGGAAAGUGGGGCGCUGUGGGCUCGACGCUGCUGCCAGGACCGGCUCGUUUGGACUCGGCGCCUCAGCCGGCUGCCUUUCGGAGCGUGGGGUCCUCGCUCAGCCUUAGAGCUGCAGUGCGCGAAGCCGCCGGCGGGGGCGCGGCACCUGGAAGGAUCAGAAAAAACUCCCCAGCUCCAAAGAGAGGGAAGACUCUGCCGCCACUGCCCGGGGGACCUGCCUCUCUGGAACAUGCCUUUUUCACAGCUGGGUCUACAUCUUCAUCGAGCUAUCCAGUACAACCCCAAGGUCUUUUUCCAGGCAGAUGCCAAAGCUCACAUAUUCCAAGCUCGGAUCACCCUUUUCUAAUCCUGGUGGAGGUCUAAACAAUUGAAUUCUUUAAGUAAAGAAGAACUCUUAUCAGCGCAAAUGCCAACGUCUUGUGAGGACUAGUUGCCCUCCAUCCAAAAGCGCCCCCCUUCUGUAUCAUGGGGCCUGGUGAUAGCUUCUUAAGUACAGGGCUGCUUCACAUCAUCAUAUGGGGAAGCCUGGCAGCCAUGGCAAUGCUCCUGGUCUUCAGUUUUCUGCUCUUCCUAUGCUCUAGCUGUGAUAGGGAGAAGAGACCCAAACACCAGAAUGGGGACCAUGAGAAUCUGAUGAAUGUGCCUUCAGAUAAGGAGGCAUUUAGCCACUCUGUCACAAGUCUGGCUACAGAUCCACUUGCCAGCAGUGAACAAAAUGGAGGACUCAGUAAUGGUGAUGUUCUCUCAGAAGAUAGCACAACUGCUUGCAUCCAGCCUUAUGAAGAAGUGCAAACCUCUGCUACUGACCUCCUGGAUCAACAGGACAGUCAGGGAAGAUCCUUAAAAUGUCAUCAAAGCAGGGAGCUACCCAGAAUUCCUCCCAACAAUGCCAUAGAAACUAUUCUGUCUACAAGAAAUACAGAAAAUGAUCAGGGUCUAGGUAUGGAGGGCCCCUACGAAGUGCUGAAAGACAGCUCCUCCCAAGAAAAUAUAGUUGAGGACUGUUUGUAUGAGACUGUGAAGGAGAUAAAGGAGCUGGCAGCAACAGCUAGCACAGAGAAAAGCUGCGACAGCAAGCCCAAAGCUGCUGUGAUGGUUAACGGGAACCUCGAUCAUGUUGCCGAGCGUAAAGUUGAAUCAGCUGAGUAUGCCUCCGUGGACAGGAAUAAAAAAAGCCGCCAGAGUGUUAAUUCGGAGAGUCCUCUUAGCAACACUCCAGACCUGGAAGAUGAAGCUCCGCCUCCAGUGCCUGCGAAACUCCUUGAUGAGAAUGAGAAUGAGCAGGAGAAAGGAGCCAAGGAAGAGGAAGAGGUGGCAGAAGGGCCUAGUGAACCUGACAAGAGGCUUAGUUCACUGUCCUACAAAUCUCGAGAAGAAGACCCAUCUCUUACAGAAGACGAGAUUUCAGCAAUGUACUCUUCUGUAAAUAAACCAGGCCAGGCCACCAGAGCGCUGGAGUCUACAUACACCUGCAUUCCUGAAAUUGUACCUCAGAAGUCACCAUCUAUUUGCAGUGGUCUUUAUGCCAGUGUGAAGGACUUGGAAAAUACCCCAAACCUUACCGCCAUGCCUCAGUCAACAGACAGACUAAAUGGGGAAUUAGAGCCAGACUAUGAAGCCAUUCAGACUAUAAACCGUGAGGAAGACAGAAAUGUUUUGGUACUGAACAACAGCCAAUCAAUCCUCCCACAAGAGAAUGACUAUGAGAGUAUUGGGGAUUUGCAACAGACCAAGGACAUCACUAGGCUUUAACUGUGUAAGAUGCAAGACUCUGGGAACUGGUGAUUGGCUGUAUUUCAGAAGACCCAAGGUGGAUUCACAGUCAACAUUUUAUCACUAACAAGCUUGACUGACAGCUUAGCAUACAAAAUUAUCUCCACUGAAAACAAAAAAGUAUUUCAUGUCAAGUGAAAUGAAAGCUCUGCCUGAAAUGUUUGAUAAGCUAUUGUCUGCUUUACACAUGGAAAUCACCUUCUAGAUGUAACCUCACUAUGGGGGAAAAGCAAGGGAUAUUGCUCCUUCUGAAGAACAGAGAAAGGCAAAGGGGAAGAAAAGAGUUUUUUUUAAAAAACAACAACAACUAAAAACACAACCCUUAGAAUGUUUUGCCAAGAUAUGUGAUGCCACUUGACUGCUCUUGUAGGUACUGGUUACCACCAUAAAGUAUAGAUAUAAUCAAAGCUGACGGUACUGGAAAGGCUUCCAUGGAGAAAGCUAGCAUUUGGUAAAAAGAGUUUAAUGUUUGCCACUUGCCAUAUGUGUGUGUGUGUCCAUGCCUGUGUUAUAUGCACACGCGCGAGCACACAAACACACACAAGGUUUUAAUUUUCUUUAAAAGGGUAUUUUGUCAUCUAUGGGGGGAAGUGGACAAGUUGUAAAUUCUCUUAGGAUAUUUUCACACAUGCACCAUUUGUAGUGCUUGGCAUGCAUCGUAUUGUUUCACUGUGUUUACAUGCCAGCUUCCAAACAGCUAAUUUGCAGCAACAUGCUUAAUGCAACCAUGGAGACUUUUGUCAUUGUAAGUCAACAAGGAAGCCUGACCUUAAUCUUAUGCUUCAGCUUUUGUCUUGCUCUGCAGAGGUGGGAAAAUGCUAGGAGAGGGCAGGGAGAUGGUAUUUUGGGAAAUCUGCACAUCACGUUUUGAGGAACUAUAGUUAAAUAUUGUUGAAGGUGGUUUGCACUUUUGUUUGCUGUACUGCAGAUAGCAUGUGGCCCUUUAGUUGGUGAUGGACUGGAAAAUCCCAUCAUCCCUAAUCAUUUUCCAUGCUGGCUGGAGUCCAACAACAUUGGGAAGUGGGGAGUGUCCCUGGACUAUAGUAUGGUACUGUCAUUCACAAGUGAUCUAUUCCCACAAUGAUUGAAUAAAACUUGUAGAAUCCA